AUGGCAAAAAGCGAAGCUUCUAAGGCUCAAUCACAACGGCGCCAAAGGGAGAAACAUGCGGCCGAAGCCAUGAAAUUGGCCCUUGAAUCCAAAAAAGCCAAACAAAAGAAGAAACACAACCCCGCCGCUGAGAGUUCAUCAAUUGAUAUCGAACUGGUUCCAACCGUUCUGGCCAUAUCUGAUACGGAAGACGAUCCGGCCCCGUUCAAUUCAGGAAGCAAAGAAAAUCCAGUCCUCCUCUCAGAUGACGAAAUUUUUUCCUUCCAUGAGAACGAAAUUGAAGAGAUUGAUCAAAACAACGAAGUAAUGCGUUUCAUAGCAGCCUUGCACGAUUUGCCUGAAGAUGAAUCCCUUGAAUGUAGCGAUCAAUACCUGGAUUUGCUAUGGCCUGUCUUCCGAAAAUUUUCAUCAACAGCAGAAAACAUCCCAGCAAAGCGUAUCCUGAAAUCGGGCACCAGAUGUUAUCAACAACCGGUUCUGAACCCCAACUCUUUGGGGAAAAAACUAGUCCCUCGACCCCUUCCAAGGACAACUAAACACGACCGCAAAGUUCAAAGAGAGAAAGCCGUUGGAGCUCACAAUAACAUCAUGGCCAACUGGCUCAUCCAGAAGAUUGAAGAGCCUGUCCUUCCUGUGGUCGAUCCUGGCACUGUUUCUGUAAUCAAUCCGGACGUAGCUAUUGACCCCAGUCUCCAGCCUGGGGUGGAAAAUUCAACUUCUACAAUAGGCGAAGAGAAUCUUGAAAAUGGAUCGUACGAUGAAGUUAUGCUACGACUCACCAGCCAGCAAGGAAAUUACCUCUCCGCCAUAAAGGACGCCAAGAUUACGAAAUCUAGAUACGCACUGGCGCAAUGGAAAGAGCUCGAUUCAGCCAUCAAGUCUGCAACCUCUAGAAUUCAGGAAUGCAUUAAGAAAGACAAAAAAAUUAUUUUUCCUAAUUCAAUUAUCGAUAAUCUGAUUGAAUUCAAUAAUCUCCGAUACAAAUACAUCCUUGAUGGGACUAAAUCACCCAGUCUCUCUGCUGCACUAGCUACUGCCCAGUCAUCUAUCCGGCGUCGUCCAUCUGCUUCCAUUGGCCCUCCUGAGCUCUCAAGUGGCAUUCAUCUUGCCCGGAUCAUCGCAAGGCAAGCCGAACAUGCGGUGGACUUUAAAGAGAUCCUGAUAACUACAAGUGGCAACCGAUACAAUCACAAAUCUCAUCUUGAUAAUCCUGAAAUCCGAAAAUCACUCGUCUCAUGGUCUGUGUUGCAAAAACCCGGCGAAGUCAACCCUUUAACCUUCCGUAAACAUGUGAUCGAAAAUGUUCUUCCUCAAUUUGGAAUCAACGAAGCAAUUUCUCGAACAACCGCAACUUCUUGGAUGGUAAAGCUUGGCUUUACUGCUCAGGAAUACAAAAAAUCGAUGUACUUUGAUGGACAUGAGAGACCGGACGUUGUUUUAGCUAGGAAGAAGUAUAUUGAAGAUUAUGAGAUGUAUCGAAAACGAUCACGGACCUAUGGCGGUGAAAACUUGGAUGUUCCUGUUCAAAUCGACCCCGAGGCCUUAGGACACAUGAGGGAGACUGUAUUUGUCUACCACGACGAAUCAACUGUUCACGCAAAGGAAAGGCCAAAGCUUGCUUGGCUCCUCCCAGGAACCACCGAACUCCAAUCAAAAAGUGAUGGGAGAUUGAUUCACAUCUCCGAUUUUAUUCUCGAAACCACCGGUCGACUCAAGAUUUCCACUGAGCAACAAGAAUUGGAUGCUGCUACGGUCAUAUAUCCCGGUUCCACUGGCGACAAGUGGUGGGACAUGGAUCAGCUAUGUGAACAGGUAUCUCAGAAAGCGAUACCAAUCUUUGAAGCCCUUCACCCAGAUUCUCAGGCAGUUUUUGUGUUUGACUGCUCCUCAGCCCACGGAGCCUUUGCACGAUCUGCCCUGAGGGUUCAAAAUAUGAACCUCAGCUCGGGAGGAAAGCAGGCCUCUCUCCGAAAUAGCAUCAUCCCAUCAGAUGACCCUCAUAUUCCUCAUCAUCUUCGAGGCCAAUGCCAAACGUUCAAUUUCGAUCUUUCGCAUCCAGACCCCCAAAAAGCUGGACAGCCAAAAGGAGUCCAAGUCAUUCUAGAGGAAAGAGGUCUCUGGCAUUACUACACACAGAAAACUUGUGAUUCAGGCAAGAAGGCUUUGCGAUUUCGAUGUACUAGCUGCUCAACAUCAAACCGCAAAAAGGAUGCGAUCGCUCAAGCAGCCAGACUCAUCCGAGAGGCCGAAGCAAACGGCUACUUCUUAAGCGAGGAGCAGUGUGUCAGUGAUAUUCUAUCAAGCAGCAACGAACCAUCAAACGAAACUUCAGAUCCAACCGAAGAAGAAAUCAACUGCUGCUGCUGGUCUAAGAUACUCUCGCUUCAAUCUGACUUUGUCAACGAGAGACCUCUCUUACAAUCGAUCGUUGAAGAUGCUGGACAUGUGUGCAUGUUCCUACCUAAAUUCCAUUGCGAGCUCAAUCCAAUCGAGCUUUUUUGGUCUUAUGUAAAGCAGGCUUUCCGAAAAGAGACACACAAAUGUGCGACUUUCAAAGCAAGCAAAGAACUGUUUGAGAAGAUUCGACAAACUUGUCCACUCAUCACUAUAAGGAAGUAUUUCCGACGCAUCGACCGGCAGAUUUCAUCUUACAAGCAAGGCUACAACGGCCCACAAUCUGCUGUUCUCAUGAAGAAGUAUACAUCACAUCGUUGUAUCCCCCGCGAAGCUGCUAUGAGAAUCGAUACUCUCACUUCUUGA